CAUCGAGCGGCAUCGAGCGGCAUCGACAUCGGCAUCGACAUCGCCAUCAACAUCGCCAUCGAUACCGGCAUUGGCAUCGACAUAGGAUCAUCCCACAUCGGCAUCGACACACUUGCAUCAGCGUCCCCCCGGCACAUAGCCCUGCAUUCGUCCGGAUCGGCCUGAUCCAGCGUCAUCGCCCAACACUGCUCCGUUGCAGAUCCAAUCCGCAAAGCUGCAUCCCAACCGCCAUGGAAGCUUCCCCACACCGCCGACAUUCGGUUGUCUCGGACACCCCCUCGGACGGGGCUGUUUCCCGGAAGAGGCGAAUCAGACCCCUGAAGGAGCCCUCGCUCUCGGCCGAGCCGCCAUCUCCAAUCAAGCUCAGACAGUCGUCGGAACCCCUGCGGGGCCAGCAAGACGACCUCAUACAGCAUAGCUGCGGCCAUGGCCGGCGCUCCUCGCAUGAAUCGCCUCUCGAUCAUGGCUCCGGGCGAUCGGCUCGCGCCGCCCAGGACGACAAACCUCGGGAAGAGAUCGCCCUCGAGGAGCUCUAUCCGGAUCUCGACAUCCAGCUGCCGAUUCGUGUGCGCAGGUAUGUCGCAAAGAACCAACCUCAUUUAGGAGAGUCAGACGAUCGCUCGGUACCCGUCGAUCCGGCCGUCGAUCCGGCCGUGGAUCCGGCCAUCGACGAGCCGCAGCCGGUGCUAUCCGCCGAAAUCAAAGGCGAGCCCAUGGAAGAUGUCGACGGCCCACCCUUGGAGAACGGCCAGGGCGAGAAAGAUGUCGGCGCAACCGCUGGUCCGUGGGCCCGAUUGAACGACGAAAACCGCCAGCACCGAUUCUGGCAGCCACCGUCUUCGCCGCUAUCUGGCGAUGAAGACGGAUCACACCUGCCCACCAUCAUUCCCUCGCUGCGCGAGCUGAUGCCAAACGUCCGUCCUCCCGAGCCGAGUUUCCGCCGAAUCGACUGCGUCCAUGCCAUACCGGAGCCUGAGUCAGAGCCGCAGACGCCCAGUAAUGUGCUCAAAAUCGCCGAUCGGCCCUUUAUUCGAUAUCUGGAUCCCUCCGAGGAUGAACUGGCAAGCCGCAUCGAAUACGAUAUGGACGAGCAAGAUCAAGUGUGGCUUGCCUCGCUCAACGAGGAGCGCAAGAUGCACAGCCUUCCGCUCCUGACCGAAGAGAAUUUCGAACUCAUCAUGGAUCUGCUCGAAAAGGAAUGGUUCGAGUUGACCAAGGAUCUUCCGAAAGGAAGCAAGGGGCAGGUCCCCGUGCCCGAGGACUGUCCCUGUGCGAUUUGCGACGACGCUGAGUGCGAAAACAGCAACGCCAUUGUGUUCUGCGAUGGCUGCAAUCUCGCAGUUCAUCAGGACUGCUAUGGCAUCCCAUAUAUCCCCGAAGGCCAGUGGCUCUGUCGCAAAUGCAUGAUCAAUCCUGAAGCCAAAGUGGCGUGUAUCUUCUGCCCAGUGGAGGGCGGGGCCUUCAAGCAGACGACGACCAACCAGUGGGCACAUCUUUUGUGUGCACUGUUUAUACCCGAAGUCAUCAUAUCGAACACCAUAUAUAUGGAGCCCAUCGACAACAUUGAUAAAGUGCCGCGCGAUCGCUGGAAGCUGGUGUGCUGCAUUUGCAAGAAGAAGAUGGGUGCGUGCAUCCAGUGCAGCAAUAAGAGUUGCUUUCUUGCUUUCCACGUCAUGUGUGCUCGCGAGGCGGGACUAUACAUGAAGAUGAAGGCCGGUUCGCCACAGGACAGCAACGGCCUCCGUGUUUUGUGUGAUCGCCAUGCGCCGAAGGAGCACCGCGAAAAGACUCACCACGAUCUGUCUGGCCGGCACUCUGUUGGCGCAGGCAGGGAUGGCUCGGCCAAGAGCAACGGCCAUACCGACGAUGAGUUCGCCGACAUAUCAGGCAGCACCGCUUCUACAUCCGGUGCCCACCAGUCCGUCAUGGGACCUUCUGCAAGCUCCACUCCCGGAGCAGCCCCGAUCAAGGGAAACAGGAGCUUUUUCGAUGCGCCGCGGAUUCCGAUCUACAUCCUGAACAAAAUCCGCGAACACAGCGGCAAGCGCUUCGCCUCGAUCAAGAAAUCCAACUUCCUCGAGGUCCUUGCCAAGUACUGGGCACUGAAGCGGGAGUCUCGGCGGGGGGCACCGCUGCUCAAGCGACUGCAUCUGGAACCAUGGACAGCAACGACAUCGGCAAACCAGGAGGACGAGAUGAUCAGUGCCAAGCGCUACGAGUUCCUCGUGCGCUUCCGAACCGACCUCGAAAAAGUGCGGACACUGUGUGAGCUCGUCCGAAAGCGUGAACGCGAAAAGCUCAAGCUGUACGGUGUGUACAAGGAGUACAUUGAGCAGGUUCUGCUGCCCCAGACCCGAAUCUUCCGGGCUGUGCUUGAAGAGUUCAAAAAGCUGGACAGUCGCAAGUUCUUCCUCCACCCAGUAUCGCUGUUUGAUGUUCCAGAUUAUCUGGAUGUUGUAAAGUCGCCGAUGGACAUGUCCCUGAUAUCCAAGCGCAUCGAAAAGUACGAGUACGAAGACCUGAAUCAACUCUGGACCGACCUGACUUUGAUCUGGGAGAACGCCAUGCUCUAUAAUAGGUCCGAUACCCUGUACUGGAAGGCUGCUGACCGACUAAGGAAGGCAGCGAAAGUCCUGUAUCCCGAGUACAAGUUUCGGUGUGAGGUGCUCGCGCAACACGAUGCCGCUCGGCGGCUCAUGAGCUACCGGCCACUGCUGGAGCUGUUUGGGUACGGAGACCCAACCGGCGACCGGCUUGCAAAGGAGGCUCUUGCUGAGCAGCACACAGACAACCAGGCUCUGGUUGCCGCAACUUCAACGUCGCCGCGAAAGUCGCCUCGCCGUCAUAAGGCAACCCACGGAGGCUCGGUAUCCUCUACUCGAAGACGAGCAGCGCCGCAGGAAUACAGCGGUGGUAAAGUCCUCUUUGAGGACUUUGUCGCGAGCGAUGCUGGUCCGGAAGAGACGAGGGAUGGACAACUGCCCGAUCAGACUCUGCCAGAUGGCAGCGAAGCCACAGCGGACAAGAACCGGCGAGUCAAGCGACCAAAGACCACUGACGUUCCCCAAGCUACCCCGCGAAGCAGCAAGAGAUUGCUGGAACUGCGAUCAGCCACUCCGGGUGGCCACAGACAGACGACGCUUGUAGCAGACUCAUCUCCGGUGGCGGUCCAUUCCCACGAUGGCGAGCACCAAAUGGAUAUCGAUGCGUUGCCAGAGACAGUAGAGGCUCCGAAAGCUCCAGAUAUGCUGUCUGGCCGACUCGCCACGCCACGGAAGCGCUCGCAGCGGAUUCAGGACCGAGCAGGAGAAUCGGCGAGAUCACGAGAGUCAGAGCCUGCUCUCGUUACUCCUACCGCGGCUCCCGUCAGCGAAGGCAGGUCGCGGGCGCCCAACAACAGCACAGAGAAGUCAGGCUCUUCGCCCGCAGAGACAGAGGGAGCCACGCCCCCCUCGCGGUCAAAACGACGCAUCGACGAACCUGCAACUCCGAUGCCCGCGGAUGGAUUGUCGACAGACCAAAGGCUGCCCCUAGCGACACCAACACCAUCCUCGAGGCGAAAGAGAGAUCGACCAUCGACAUCCAGUACGGCACAGACCGUAGAGACUCCGGAACCAAGCAAAGGACGCACCAGAGGCUCGUCGUCGCUCCGUGAAUCAGGCCGGCCUUCAGCAAGUGUCCUUGCAGAAGCAAAAGCACUGGCCGACGAAACUACCGAGUCCGACUCUGGCCGAGCAACCGAGCCCCCUUCCAAUGACGCCGCGGAGAGCGGCUCUACUGAUGCGACAGAAGUAUUGGUGCCCGCUGCUCCUGCCGACGGCGCAGCAGGCACAACACCGGCAUCUGCUCCAAGCGAGGAUCCGGCCCCUCGGUCAACGGCCGCAACACGACCCCGAACCCGAUCCAGGAGGCCCUCGACGUCGCCCUCCAAGCAAGCUUCGUCUCAGACAUUGCAACUUUCCACCGAGCCCGAGUCGACUCUAUCAGCGCCAUCGGCUUCCAAGCCAGCCUCGAGGGCCGUUUCACCGGAAACCAACGAGAUGGCAUCGCUAUUGCUUGCACUGCCGCAGUCUCAGACCGUCUUGAUGCCCGAUGAGGUGCACCCGAGGAGGACUCUGCGCAAAGGAUCCGGCGCACACCACCUGCGCUUUGCGGAGGGACCACUGCCGCGCAUCCCCAGAGCCAAUCUGGAUGACUCGACCGAGAUCCUCGAUGUCAUCCGCAAAACACGACCAAUGUCGCUGGAGCCAGAGGAUCUGCCUGAAGGAUCGGACAGCACAGGAUCCUCCCGUGCAUCGUCACCAUAACAGAAUACAGCACGCAGUAUGAUUCAUCCUGUGCAGGCCGAGAGCGGGGAUGGGAGCACAACUUGAGGUCCUUUCGGCAAGAGCUCAGACGGCGAUCGCAUGCGGUCGCUGUCGAUGCGACCCAAGGCUUUCGCAAGCCAAACAGCAAAUGGCGGCGCGGUGAGUGGCUUCGGCCUGAACGAAAUGCAGCCAAGAGUAUCUCGGCGCACUGGCCUGGCUUUGUCCAACGCCGUUACUGGCAUGACGGCCGAUAUAUAUUCAGAAAAAUCGAG